ACUGGUUGAUCGGCGUUAUUUGACAAAAAAUUAAAAGCAUAAGGCUUAAUUUGGGCUAAAAACCGGAGAUUGUGACAAGUGGGCCGACUAAAAUCUAUUAUUAGUUGGUUAUUGUUGGUUCUUAUUACUGAACAUAGCUACAUCGUGUAAAAUCUGAAGCAAAAUGGAAGGAACUGAUCAGAAAUCAGACAAUGGGGAGGAACCAGGACGCUGUCCGCCAAGCAUGACGUCAUCGAAACCAAUGCAAUCGGGAGCCAAUUAUAAGCCCACUCUUGACUCGCAAGGCCACUGUGCCCCGAAGACCAGAAUUGCCGCUGUGACGAAUGACUUUGGCAAGGAGAUACCACUCUCCGUAAUCACGGGAGCAGACGGGCUGAUAAAAGAGUUCACAAUUCUUCCAUCGAGAAAAGGUACAGCCACAGUGGGUGGGGUUACCGCCGGACCACAGGAGAGGGAGAGCUUCACGUUUGAGGAAAUCAGAGCUGUAAUGGAAGAUGAAAAGCCCUAUAAUCUAAUGCACAUAGUCCAUUCGGAACCUCAAGUCGGCGAUGCUCUGGCGCCGAAUCAGUCCCUACAGGAUGAGAAGGUCGACUAUGAGGAGAAUCGGGUGGCCGAGUCCUUCGUUAUGUACGAGCCCAGCAAGCUCCAGCUUCCCGAGCCACAUUCGGCAAUGGCACUGGUUGAGAAGACCAUUCUUUCAUCGGUGUCACUGCCCGACAUCAGCUACGAUCUGAAACUGCCCGGAUCCUCCCCGGGCUGCCUGAGUACCCAGCAACUGGAGGCGGUGGUCCAUGCCUGCCAGACCCAUGAGCGGGUUCUACCCUGUGGGGAGCGGGCUGGCUUCCUUCUGGGCGAUGGACCUGGCGUGGGAAAGGGCCGGAUCAUAGCUGGGAUCAUAUAUGACAAUUUCUUGAAGGGCCGCCAGCGGGCACUUUGGGUCUCCGUCUCGAAUGUACUCAAGUGCGAUGUGGAGCGUGAUCUGAAAGACAUUCGCGGGAGCAAGUGCGAGUGCGAGAAGAUCAAAGUGGUGGUCUUGGACACAUUGAAUUUCUGGCGUAUAAGCUCCGAGGAGAACGACAAGUUCAAAGCAGGCAUCGUCUUCUGCACGUACACCUCUCUGUUGGCGAUGUCGGAGAAGCUCGAUGGGAAGUACGAUAACCGUUUUCAACAGGUUUCCAGCUGGCUGGGCAAGGGCUUUGACGGGGUCAUCGUCUUCGACGAGUGCGACAACGCCAGGAACCUCACUCGGGAUAAUGUCAGCGUGUUGCUGAAGCUGCAGAAGCAACUCCCCAAUGCUCGGAUGGUUUAUGUCUUGGCCACGGAGCCCAGCGAUCCCAGAAAAAUGACCUUUAUGACGCGUCUGGGCCUGUGGGGCCCCGGAACGGCCUAUUUGAAAUUCGAUAGCUUUGCGAAUGAGAUGCAAAAUCGAAACCCAGCCAGCAUGAAGAUGUUGUGCAUGGACAUGAAGCUGCGAGGCACCUACAUAGCUCGACAGCUGAGCUUCAAGAAGGUCGGCGUCCGCAUCGAAGAGGUUGCCAUGACGAGGGAGUUCUGCAAGACGUACGAUCAUGCAGCCAAACUCUGGGCCGAGAUCAACAUGAAGUGGCAAGCAGCCUGCCGCCUGUUACACGUCGAGCCCUACACGCAGCAGAAGAUCUGGGACGAGUACUGGUCCUCGCAUCAACAGUUCUUUCGAUUCUUGUGCCUCGCCGGCAAGGUGGAAAAUGCCCUGAAUCUGGCUCGUCACGCCCUCGACCAAGGUAAGGCGGUGGUCAUUAACCUUCAAUCCACAGAAGAGUCGUGGACUAUCGAAUACUUGAAGGGCCACAAAGGCAAGCUUAAAGAGCCUGUAUCCACUUUGAAGGUGAUUAUGAGAUUGUUUGUAGAGAAAUACUUUCCGGCGCCCAAACUCAAGGAUUUUAAUCGUCUGAUCAACAUGGCGGUCAUAAACACAUCGCAAUCAAAGAGACACAGGCUGAACUCCGAUGAGGAUGCCGAAUACGUUGAAUCCGAUGAGACCGACAUGGAAAAGGCCGACAGUGAUAAACCCAUGCAGGAGCGCAUCCUGGUUCACUUGCACGACUAUCUGCGGUCCAAGCAAAGCAAAGAAAAGGACACUUCCGGAGACAUCACCGAUUACGAUGUGGGAUGUUGUAUCUACAUGCGAUACCAGAUGCUGUGCAAGAUUGAUUUCUUAGGUCGCCGGCUGCCUGCCAAUACGAUGGACAAGCUUAAAGCAAGACUAGGCGGCCACAAAGCGGUGGCCGAGAUAACCACAAGACGGGGAGGAAUCGUUUCUAUUAAGCAGGUCUACCAGUAUAUGCCGCGCUGUAGUAGCGUGGCCCAUCGGGACCACGUCAACUUCAUGGAGCAUCAAAGUUUUAUGGCGGACAGCAAGAAGGUGGCCAUCAUUUCGGAGACCACCGCCAUGGGCAUCUCUCUGCACAGCGACAAGACUGUGGCCAAUCAGCGCCAGCGUGUGCACAUCAUCUUGGAGCUUCCGUCGAGCUUGGACCUGGCUAUUCAACAAUUGGGUCGCACGCAUCGCUCCAAUCAGGUCAACACCCCGGAAUAUGUGUUUGUUGUCGCGGACCUGGUAGGCGAACGACGCAUGGCCACCACCGUCGCCGCUCGAUUGAAGGCUCUGGGUGCUUGGAUCAAGGACAAUACCCUGUCCACCGAUGACUCAGAUCUUGAACAGAUCAAUAUUAACAACAUCCAUGGACCCAGCAGCCUCUACCAUGUGAUCCAACAGAUGGCAGGCCAGAGAAGCAUCGAUCCCUCUGAGAUACCAGACACGUACAAGGGGGACUUUCUGGCCGACUGCGAAGUGGCCCUUGGCGAUGUGGGCGUGCUCAAUGUGGAGACAGGAGAGAACGGCGUCGAGAUUUAUAGCGUCGCCAAGGACUCCUCGAACGUUGAUAGAUUCAUCAACAGAUUGCGCGGGUGUUGCGUGGAGAUUCAGAAUUUCAUAUUCAAGUUCUUUAUCGACAACAUGUACGGGGGUAUUGCGCAAAUGAAGCGAUCGGGUCGCUUUAACAUUGGAAUCCUCGACCUGACGGCCCACGAAGUUAGCGUAAAGUCCGUUAGGGAGAUACAAUUUACAAGGAUGUUCACCAAUGGCUCGGAAACCACACAGCUGCACACGUUGCAGGUGGAACGUGGCAUGACAUUUAAUACGGCUAUGACCAUUUACCGCAAAAGAGCACGUAAGCGCUACGAAGGCUUCUAUCAAUUGAAAAAGAAGAAACGGGACAAAAGGGUAGUUAUCUUAUGCCUGGUAGCCAAGUCGAGUGCCCAGUUUGCCAUAUGCCUCAAAGACAUCCAAAUGGAGAUCUACCGACCCCAUAUCGGACGUCAAGUGCGCAUCGAAAACCUCAAGUCCAUUGCCUCGCGCUUUUUAAGGGUCAAGUUGAAAACGGCCCAGAAAUAUUGGCAGGAACAGUAUGAUGUGUGUCUAAACACCUGUUCCCAUAUCUUUUGGAAUCGCACGUGUCACUUUCCCGAUGACUGUAUGGACGGCAAGCGUAUACGCACCUAUAAUGUGCUCUCGGGGCGUGUGCUGCCCUUUUGGAACCGCAUUACUAAUAUCUUUGAGAAGAACAGGUACAGGAUCCAGAUGAUUAGUGCAAAAACUGAUGUAGGUCAGAAUAUUGUGGGUAUUGUGGUGCCGAAUUCCGUCUUCAAGAUAAUCUACAGUGAUUUGUCUUCAAAUGUUUGUAAAGUUGAAGUAUUAGAAUCCACGAAAGAGUGAUUAGUAUAUGUAAACAAUAUGAUCUUAGAACCAUUAUAUAAAAGACUUGUUUGUGUUUGAACUCUUCCAAAACGG